AUGGAAUCAUCCUUUCUUCAAAGCAACGGCGCGAAGAUGACCGAUCUAUCAUGUUUGGACUUUGGCCGUGACCCUACUUCAAAUAAAGCCCCUCCGUUACGAAAAGGAGGAAAUGUACGAGAUGAAAUGAGACAAACUGAAGACUUUUUGGCAGCCGAGAUGAGCAAAUUGACGGUCCAAGAGCGUUCUCAGGCUCUAGAUGACGUACAUUGUGUCGGUGAGGAGCUGAAGGAGACACCGAAAAUGAUUCAGCAAUCUCUUGUAGAGUUUGAAUGUUUCGUGCAACAGGAGCGAAAUCCAAUUUAUGAAAUAGCAUGCCAGCAAAAUCGAGCUUAUGUCGAAGAUCCAUGCUUUCGUUUGAAGUUUCUGAGAGCCAAAAUGCACAAUGUGGAUCGUGCAGUUCGUCAGAUGAUGACGUUCUUGAAAUGUAAGGCGAUGUACUUUGGUAACGAAAAGGUUGCCUGUGACAUUACUCUGAAUGAUCUGAACGAGGAGGAUAUGAAAUUAUUGUUGGGUGGACUCUUUCAUAUACAAGACUCUAGAGACCGCACUGGCAGGGUUAUUGUGUGGAUUUUCAACAGUAUGCUUGGUCAGUGUAGUGCUGAAUCAUUGAAUCGUGUUUCCUAUUACAUUUUCUUCAACAUAGUUUGCUCCAUUCCCGAGGUACAGUCCAAAGGAUUGGUGACCAACUAUUAUGACUUGGCGAAACCGGGAGAGGAAUUUGCCAUGCCUGGACUGAAUUUCAUGAUGAAAAUUCUGGAAUUCAAUACUGCCGUCCCAAUGCGUUUCUCCGCUAUGCACCAUUGCCUCAAGACGGGGAAAGGAACUCUCGCGCUGAACAACGCACUGAUUGGUAUUGGCAUGAAGAUUUUUCCAAAGGAGGCAAGAGUUCGAGCUCGGCUUCACUACGGAAGUGACAUGGAGUUGCAUUACCAGUUGCGGCAACAUGGCUUUCCAAUCGAGACUUGCCCAGUUGACUCCUCUGGGAACAUUCGCAAGGAUAUCAUCAAUAAGUGGUUCUACAAGCACCAACAAUCCAUGGAAGGGGGCAUCACUUCAGCAGGCUUGCCCGAGCUAUCUGAUCCUUUAUUCUUGGAUGAGGACUUUGGAUCUCUCGUGGCAGAUUUCCCUGAAGAAGAAGAAGAAGAAAAGACCAGUGCCGUACCGAGCUGGGAUCAAGAUAACCAGUCAAAUACUGCUGCAGCGUCACUUCCAAUAGUUCCUCGCCAGCAUGAUGUCUUGCUAGGAAGGGGUCGUACCAUUCAGAAUCAUUUGGGGAAUAUCCAGUUUCGCGAAUAUCUUAAAAAAUUCAGAGAUGACUACAACGAUGCCCCACGGAACAAGAGGCGCAAGAUUGCAAAUGAAUUGGUACAUGCACUGAAAGCCAAAGGGGUUCGAUUCCUCCAACAAAAUGAGAGUGGCGAAUGGAUGGAAAGUAAUUUUUCGGAAGCGGAGAAGAAAAUUGGGCAAGUGUUCCGAAAUACGAGAAGACGGUAA